GGCAGGCGGGUCCGCUCUCCGGAUCCCGGGGUUCCGGCGCCGCGCGUUUUGGUUCCGGAGUAACAGUGCCCUCGCCGCUGCCUUCCCCCUCCUGCCGCCGUCUUCCCCCUCCUGCCGUUGCCGCCGCCGCCGCCGCCGCCGCCGCCAAGACGCUGGCCUCGGAUGGCCGCAGCUGAGUCGCGCGCCCCGCGUACUUUGGCUGAGGUGGGGCAGAGGACUCGUCUCCGGCCUUCCCGGGGACGGUCCGCUCGGCUUUCUUUUGGUCCGGCGGCCCUGGAACUCCUUCCUAACAGCCCCGAACUGAGUCCCCCCAAGUCGGGGACCCUCCGCUCCUCUUAAGGAGGAGUGGACACCUGCCGCUGUAUCUCCCUAAAACGGGGUCCUCUCUUUGCCGUCCCCUCACACCCACACAGACGGCAGAGAGCUUCACGAUCCCUUUUGCCAUCUUCUCCAACUCCAGAACCUUCUGACCUCCGCUAGUUCCUUCUGGCUUCUGCCCCUUAUACCCCGUCCACUCUCAGCAGGAGACGUCCCUCAACCCCCUACAGCUUGGGCCUGGCUGCGAGCCUGCGGGCUGCUUCCGGACCACCUCCUCUCUUCAACCCUCCACCCGCUCCGUGCUCUGACCCACGGUCCUCCUGUCACCUCUUGGCGCCCCCCACGUCUAACCAGGGGGAAGGGGGCCCCCCUACCAGGAUGUGAGCCCCUUUAACCUGUAAUGCUGUGGCUGCUCCUUGGCCCCUUCCAUGCCAUGGAGAACCAAGUGCUGGUGAUUCGCAUCAAGAUUCCCAAUAGUGGAGCGGUGGACUGGACAGUGCACUCUGGGCCGCAGCUACUCUUCAGGGAUGUGCUGGAUGUGAUAGGCCAGGUUCUGCCUGAAGCAACAACCACAGCAUUUGAAUAUGAAGAUGAAGAUGGUGAUCGAAUUACAGUGAGAAGUGAUGAAGAAAUGAAGGCAAUGCUGUCAUAUUAUUAUUCUACAAUAAUGGAACAGCAAGUAAAUGGACAGUUAAUAGAGCCUCUGCAGAUAUUUCCAAGAGCCUGCAAGCCUCCUGGGGAACGGAACAUACAUGGCCUGAAGGUGAAUACCCGGGCUGGACCCUCUCAACACAGCAGCCCAGCAGUCUCAGAUUCACUUCCAAGCAAUAGCUUAAAGAAGUCUUCUGCCGAACUGAAAAAAAUAUUAGCCAAUGGCCAGAUGAAUGAACAAGACAUACGGUAUCGAGACACUCUUGGUCAUGGCAACGGCGGCACAGUCUACAAAGCAUAUCAUGUCCCAAGUGGGAAAAUACUAGCUGUAAAGGUCAUACUACUAGAUAUUACACUGGAACUUCAGAAGCAAAUUAUGUCUGAAUUGGAAAUUCUUUAUAAGUGUGAUUCAUCAUAUAUCAUAGGGUUUUAUGGUGCAUUUUUUGUGGAGAACAGGAUUUCAAUAUGUACUGAAUUUAUGGAUGGAGGCUCUUUGGAUGUAUAUAGAAAAAUUCCAGAGCAUGUCCUUGGAAGAAUUGCAGUGGCGGUUGUUAAAGGCCUUACUUAUUUGUGGAGUUUAAAGAUUUUACAUAGAGAUGUGAAGCCCUCCAAUAUGCUAGUAAACACAAGAGGACAAGUCAAGCUGUGUGAUUUUGGAGUUAGCACUCAGCUGGUGAAUUCUAUAGCCAAGACGUAUGUUGGAACAAAUGCUUAUAUGGCGCCUGAAAGAAUUUCAGGGGAGCAGUAUGGAAUUCAUUCUGAUGUCUGGAGCUUAGGAAUCUCUUUCAUGGAGCUUGCUCUUGGGAGGUUUCCAUAUCCUCAGAUUCAGAAAAACCAGGGAUCUUUAAUGCCUCUCCAGCUUCUGCAGUGCAUUGUUGAUGAGGAUUCGCCCGUCCUUCCGGUUGGAGAGUUCUCCGAGCCAUUUGUACAUUUCAUCACUCAGUGCAUGCGAAAGCAGCCAAAAGAAAGGCCAGCACCUGAGGAACUGAUGCUGAGAGCAUUCUCUGGAAUGCAUGAACUGUAGAGCCCAUUUGUCACUGUGGGUGGGGGCCUGCCUUUCACAGAAAGAGCAGUUUAUCUCCCAAGCCCGGUGACUCCAGCCAGCAGGAUACCAACAUGGUCUGCACAGCUUGGGCCACAUCGGCUGUGAAGACUGCAGGAUUGCUGAGAUUUCCCUAUGGGCCUGCCUUUUCUAGAUCCAAGGGAGAACAUCAGAGGUGAAGUUGGACAGAAAUAUCGAAAGUUACAGACUCGUCAAGAAACUCUUACAUGAACUUGAGAGUGUCCCUGACAAGUCUCAGCCUUAGUAAAUGAGGAUACAGGGAGAGGUGUGCCGAAUCUCCCUCACCUCUGGGCCUGGGCUGUGCAUGUGGCGAGUGCUCAGGUGGUUUUUGUCGUUUUAUUUGGGGCAGUCGCCUUACAUAUGAGAAUACUUGAGUCUUAAAAAUCAUCAUCUUUGCAGUUUUUGACCAUGUCAUUCUUAAAAGAUGAAAUGUAAAACUCAGGUUUAGGCUCUAGAGUGUUAGAACUCAUUUAGCCAUUUAGCUAUUUAAUUCUCUCUGCUUUGCAUGGUUAUUCCUAAGAUGGCUACAGUUUUUCUGUUCUAAGUGGAAAUGUCUUAAAAUUGGACUAAGAAAUUCGCUUGAUGUUCACAUUUGGGGGAGGCCAGCCAGGAUCCACAGGAACUGGUACUGUUUUCUGGCGCAUAGCCCUUAAACUACAUAAAGAAUUAACUCAGAAUUCUCAUCAUUGGCAUCCACAUCAGCUUGAGAGAUCACAGAAGCAGGCAGACAACUGAAUUCGGUAGAUACAUACCGACUAUUAUGUGCAAAGUCCUGUGCUAGACUCAGCAGAAGACACAGAGUACGCCUCACACAGACAGUGUUGCAGAGGGUGAGGCACCUAUGCAAGUAACUAGAAUAAACUAACUACAGAAAAGAAUUGCAGAGGUCUGUGGGGAUCCACAGAAAUGGGGAAAAGCUAUGUGGAGAAGGUGGCAUUUGAAAAGGGCCUUUGGAGGUUGGAUUGAAUUUUAAUAGAGAGUUUGCAAGGAGUCAUUCCGGGCAGAGGAAAGGAUGGGCAAAGCAUGAGUCUGCCGAGCCCCCAGACCUUUUCAGAGCAAUGUGAAACCUCCAGUGCUGCUGCAACGGGAAUCCCAUUGACACUGGCCUCCUGGAGUCACAGACCCACAAAGGUUGGGUUCAGGUAGGCAAUAUAUUCACCACAUGCUGGGCAAUCUGUUAAGAAAUUCCACUUCUAGUAGAAGGAACCCUAGUAUCCAGGUCUGAAAACUUUGACUUGACAUAGAAGCAGCCACCCACCCAUCAGUACCUUUUUUCUUGAAUAAAUUCUCCUGAGUGGACUCCUGCUCACUUAUAGGAAAGUCCUUCAUCCUUGGGAAAGAUCUUCCCUCUCCUCAGUGCCUUCCGAGUUGUGUCAUGAGUAAUUCUUCAAGUUGUUGUUUAAAGCUAGUUAUUGCUAACUUUAAGCAAAGGAAAACCAGCCAUGUGGGCAGCAAGGAACAUUCAGACAGAUAGGAACCCCCCCACACACACUCUUUCUGCUCCUCUGAUGAUGAUUCCAUAAUUAACCCAAUUUUAAGUCACCCUGAUAUAAAGCACAGGAAAGACCUACAUCAGUGCUGCCCCAGCUCUGUGACUGAAGACCAACAAACUUAGCAAAGUAAGUUUCCACACUGCAGAAACUCUGAGGAAGUGGCAGACAGUGUUCGGAGGCGUCAGACAACCAAGCAAGGGUGUUCCAGCUUCUGUGGGGAAAGGGCAGCCUCUGCCAGGCGGAAAGCGUUGAUGGGAUUGCAACAAGACAGGAGAGGAUGGUGAUGUGCAGGCAGUGGGGAAGGUUUCCCAAAUGUCAAUUGGGAAGAUUGAGGGAAGCAAAGCAUUAAGGAUCCUACCCCUGCGUUCAGGGAGAGAGACGACCUGAGAUGAAGGCAUAGAGAUGGAGAGGUGCAUGGCUAGCUUGGCUAUUCAGAUAAUAUGUUUACAUAUUUUUAAGUAAAAGGCACAUGGUGAGCAACCUUGCUGUAUAGACCAUUUGUAUAAACCACAGAGAAUUCCUUCUGAGGAAUUAAUCUUCCUUCCAGGUCCCUUUAUAGUAAAGGUCAGGCUGAUUUAGCAGAAAAGCCUCCCUUCCCUGGUCAGUGGGUCCCUAGUCCCUCCCCACUCUCUGUGUCCUCUUCUGAGAAUGAAAGGGAUGGACUAGAUAAGUAGUGCUUGACCUAGGGUCAGUGACUUCCGGAAGUCUGUUAGAGCCCCUGAAAUUACUCCCAAACCAUAUGCUUGUGGGGAAUGCGUUUUUCUUUUAAAGAGAAAUUCAUGGCUGUCAUCAGUUUUUCAAAGGGGGACCGUGACCCUAAGUGAUUGUUCAGCUCCUCACUUCCUUCCCACUUUGAUCACAGGAGCUCUGUGGCCAAGACCAGGCGAGCUGCUCCGGAGGGGGGCCUUCAUUUGGAGGGUGAAAUGCUUGCUGGCAUGGGGGAGGGAAGGAAAGGGAUGGGCCCUCCCUGUGGGACUCGGCGGCCGGGCUUCCCACCAGCUGUCAGGCGGCCCUUUAACCUCUCAGCCUAUCCUGAAUGUGGGCCUUGACUCAAGCCAGGAUGGUGUGGGCCAUGGGCACCUAUGCAGUUACAAUUUAGGUUCAGAGCGCUGUAGAUCCUUCUAUGCAUUUAGAGUGUUUCCAGAAGCUUUCCAUGUCUAAGCUCUAUUUAAUGGAAUCUAUGCAUAGUAAGUAAUCAGGUCAGAAAAGCCGCCUCCCGGUUUGAGAUCAAUCGCUGGCUAAUACUUUAUCUAGGCCACUUUAUUAUCUCAUGCUGAUCCGAUUGCCAUUCUCCUCCUCCUUUGUACCAUGCGCUUCGGCUGUGGUACAAGUACGUACCACAUACAUAUUAAAAACAUAUACCCAUUCUAUCUGUAUGUAAAUGUGUGAGGCACAGCUGGAUAUUGCAGAGGAGUUUGAUUUACUAAUAGUUAUUAUCUGUUCUAGCUGUUCAGUGGCAGAGAGAAUUUCAGAGCAACAAGCUGGCGCAGAAAUUGUCUUUAUGCUGUUACUAUACUGCUUUAGUAAUUGUUUAAAAACAUGGGUUUUCUCCUCAGGUUCCCAUAAUCAUGCCUGGUACUUUGUGCAUUUCCUGGUACAUUCCAGAGCAGGGCAUCCUCGUUCAGCAUUUCCUCAGGUUUGGUUUUCCACUCAGGCACCUGAGAAGAAACACAGAGUGCAGUUUGCAAUUGAAAUUUGACAUUUUGCUUAGAAAGCAAGUAAAUAGCAGGGCUGGAAACCCCAGAGAAGCAAGUAUGGGUCUUGCGGGAGGAGUGUCAGUUAUAAUCAAAAUAGUGCUUUUAGAAAGAUUUUUUUUCCCCCCUUCAUCUGAAUUCCAGCAGCUGCAAACUUGAAGGCAUCUCAUUUCUCAGAAAAGGCUUUAUGUACUGGAGGUGGUAUUGUUUGGGGGCUAAUAAACACCAAACUGUUCCAGAAGAAUCUGUUUAAACAUUUAAUUACUUGCAAAGAGAUGUUAACUUGUUUAACUCCUCUAAAUUACAUUGUCACUGGUAGCUUUUCUGCUUAUCCAAAACCUGAUUAUAAUUACAUUUUCAGAUAGGCUGGUGCGUUGUUCUCUAAGUGAAUCCAGGUAUGCGAUAAAUUGGGCAGGGUCCGUUUUAAAAAUUGGGAAAACCAUCAUGUUAGGAUUUUUAUCUCCAGCACUCAAAUUCCAGUGUGACUUCUGGGUUCAGACCAAAUGGCUUUAUUAUGGGACUCAAACCCACAGAAUGCACUGGAUGGUUAAGGAGAUGAUUGUAGUCAGGCUGUUGCAAUAGGGAGAAUUGUUUUUUAGUGAGGAGUGUCUCAAAGCAAAGGGAGGGAGCCAAGGUUAUGGAGGCAGGUGAACCAGGGAGUUAGCUGCCAACCUUACGGAAGGAUGGACAGGGGUCUUAUCUCUGUGAGAGCAGCUAGUCUUUGGAGCUAACAUGGAAGUAGGGAGAUUCCUCACUUAUUACUGCUUUCUGGAAGCCUAGGAUUCAGAUAAAAUUCAGCAUCAUCACCAUAUUCUACUAACCGGACCAAAGAUGAAGUUCCACUUUAUUUUGGUCCAGUGCUUACUGAGUCCCUAAGCACAAAAAUGAGGAAAGGCACAUUGCCACGCACAUAGCGCCUUGCCCAGCGCUCAUGGACCAUGUGCUUGUAAUCUAAGCUUUUUAAGCUGCUAGUGGUGGUUUAACAAGCGAUUCUGAACUUGGUGGUAGUUUACUCCCUUUAGCUAGUUUGCUGCGUCACGUGGACCAUGUAUUAAAAAUAGACCCUUAGGGCCAGACUUACACGUGUGUCUAACCUCCAGUUCUUGCAGACACCAUUUUUGCUUUUGGUUUUUCUUUGGAAAGUGCACAUCAGCUCAUUGGCCAGGACACCCCAGAUUUGCAGAGGGAAACUGGAUAAUAUUGAAACUUCAACUAAAUAUUUUCUCCGAGCACAAAAGACUUCACAGAAGCCCAGGGGCUCCACAUAGGGUCCAUUUGACAACCACGUAAUGAAUUUAUUAUUAUUAUUAUUAUUUUCAAGUUUUAAAGGCCGUUAAAAUCAUCUGUUUUGUGUCUGCUUAUAAAUGGGAAGGCACUAGUAAGAAGUUGAUUUUAGUUUUUAAUUGCACAUAAUUACAACGGCAGAAUCACUGUCUGGAUGCUUGAGAUCACACUGAAUCAGACAGCUUUAAUUUGAAUUUUUGAUGACAUGUUAGCACUUCAGCGAGAACAGAGAGAUUAUAACCCCAGAAAGUAAGCUUUGUUUUUUCAUGUGACUGCUUAAUCUUUUCACCAGACUUUAGCAGAUAAAUGCAUGUGUAUACGUGUGAAUGUAUUUGUAUAUAUGCACAUAGCCAGAGAUAUACAGAUAGAUAAAAAUCUGUCAUUCCUUGAUCAUAGUGAUCUGACAGUUUUAAUUUCCCAGUUAAGGAUAACUUUUUUCCUCCAUCAGUCAAGUCCGAUGUCUUAAUAUGGUGAUGAUUUGCCUGUUUAAGAUUGCGAUUUUUGAACUCCUGCCUGCAAGUCUUCUUUCUUGUUUUACUGAGCUGACUGCCAUCU